AGAAGAAUCUCUGUAAAAAUGAUACGAUAGUUCAAUCUCUCCUUGAUUUUCUCCUCAAAAGAGGAAUGAACCUGGAGCUCCGUUGCUCAACAACAGAGACAGCGCUCCAUCUGGCGGCUAGACACGACAAACUGGUUCAUGGUCAAAUACUUGGUUCAGCGAGGAGCUAACAUUCUUGAAUUAGACAGCGAAGGUUGUUCUAUCCUUCAAAGACUAAUUUGUUGCAGAAGUGAAAUCCGGGACAUGGAGAUCUUUCUUAGUAUUCUUCGUCAAAGUGGCGGCCGCAGUAGUUUACCACCUACUGCUGGUGGAAAUUCCCUGCUGCAACUUGCCGCGAAGCAUGAAAAGUGGGAAAUCGCAGACUAUAUUUUAAAAGAUAAAGGAGGGAACGUCGACCAGCUUGACAACGAAGGCUGCAGUGUUCUUCACAGAAUGGCUACAAGCCGAGGAAGAACAUUUAAAGAAGGUCUAUGGUGCUUUUCGAUCAGACCCAUUUUUCACAACUCUACAAAUCUUGACGAGCAAAAACGACAUGACCUCAUCCAUCAGGCGGCUGCUGCAGGAAAUGUCGACGUCGUGGACGCACUGCUCGACAAUUUUGAUGAUGUCAACAGAGUAGACUGCGCAGGGUUCACGGUUCUACACAGAGUGGCUCAGUGUUGUGUGUCCACAUCAGUGGCUAUCAUCCGACGCAUUGUCCAGAAAGGCGGAGAUGUAGACAAGAAGUGUCCUGAUGGUAACACAGCUUUACAUCUCGCAGCAAAAAGCAACAACUGGUUGGCUGUUCAGCAUCUGCUAAAGUAUGGAGCGAGUGCUAAUACUCUCGACACUGAGGGGAUGACGGUUCUACACAGACUGCUUGGUCAGCCACAUUUACGGUGUAGACAAUGUGCGCAGAGACCAUAUAGUGAAAUCACAGUUUUAUUACUUACUGAUAUUUUAUUCCAAGGUGCCUUAAUCAAUCAGAGAGACCUAAAAGAUAAUACUCCUUUGCAUCUUGCUGUCAAGAAUGAACAUUGGGACAUGGUAAUAGAACUCUUGGCUCGAGGGGCUUCUAUGAAUGAACGAGACUCCUGUGGAUGCACUGCUCUUCACACUAUUGCCAAACGCCGGAAAAAAGACAUCAACAACAAAAUAUCCAUUGACAGCAGUUGUGUGACCUGUUCUAUAAAUGGUGGCUCAAAUAUUCAGAUGUUUAAGUCUAAUACUUCUAGCGAAGACAGUAUUUAUCUGGUCAUGUGCGACUAUUUUGUCAACAACACGAUGCUUAUUGAUGUUUUGGAUCCUGAUGGUAAUACAGCACUGAUGCUUUCUGUGAAAAACAACAACUGGGACAUCACAGAACGACUCCUGCUUAAAGGCGCGAACGUUUGCAUAUUGGAUCGUAAGGGCGUGUCUGUCCUUCAUGUUCUGGCUUCUGCAACACCAGAAUGUGGCAGUGAUCUCUUGCGUCAGCAGCUGUCGAAGAAAAUACUGGACUUGUUAAUCUCAAAUAGUGCUGACAUCAAUGCACGAGACCCAGAAGGCAACACACCACUACAACUGGCUGCAAAGCACGGGAACAUGGACAUGGUGGAGAACCUCUUGGAGUUUCUAGACGACGUGAACGAGACUGACAGUGAGGGCUUCACCCUGUUGUCGAGAGUCGCUCAGACCUUGUCUCCUAAAUGUGAGGACAUCACCAUCUGGCUGUUGGAGAACGGUGCUGACGUGGACUUCGCGUGUCCUGACGGUAAGACACCACUAGUACUGUCAGUCAUCUCCAAGAAUUGGAUGAUGACGUCGUUAUUGCUGGAUUUUGAUGCCAACAUCGACAGUCUGUUUUUGAAAGACCAUCUAAUUGUGCAUCGUCUUCUUGAAGAUUCAAGAUUGAAAGAAAAUUGUGACAUAGAAAGUGAAAUUCUGAUGCGAGUGAUUGAGUUAGGAAAUGACACAUUUUUGCAUAGAAGUCCUGACGGCCGAUCCCCAAUACAACAUGCAUUCAUGAAACGAAAGUGGAACAUUGUUGAAAUGCUUCUUGAAAAUGGAGCUUACACCGACCCAGAACCUCUUCUAGGAGAAUUUGUGUUUCAUGAUUUCGCAGACUGGGCCUCAGAGUCUCAAAUGGAGGACGAAGACUGGAUCCUGUCUCUGCUGCCCAGCGGUAGCCUGAAUAUAAACUUACGUGAUAGUAAUGGUGACACUCCGCUGAACAUCUUGGCACAAAACGGUCAGUGGCAGUUAGUGCGGUGGUUUGUGAGCACGGAGCAAGCGUAAACGUGAGACAGCAAAGGGUGGACAGUGCUUCACCGACUGGCCAUGAUGUAUUUCUUCUCGGGUGGGGAGGGUUUCAGACCUGCCCGUGUUCUGAAGUCGAUUGUGGAAAAGGGUGCUGAUAUCAACGCAGCGGGGCCAGAAGGUAAAACAGCUGUCCAGGUGGCAAAAGAGAAGAAAAACUGGAUUAUCUUCUGGAGUCUCGUGCAGUUAGGGGCAGAGUAUAACUGGGAUGACGCUGAUAAACAAGUCAUUCUUGAAAAUGUGUGUCAUUUCAAAAAACGUGGUGCACAAGCAGACAAUCUAGAAUCUGUUAUAAAGUGCCUCACAGACCCCUUUUCAAAUUUAACGAGAUUGCAGACACCAGAAAGUCCUCCACUAUUGCUCAAUGCCUUGGAAAAAUGUGUCCAGUAUUCAAACUGGACAGUGGCCAAAGUCCUGCUUCAUUAUUGCCCUAAUCUAAGCUUUAAAAGUUCAGUAAAGAACAGCUAUUUGUUGGACACUAUGGUUUCUUCAUACCGCAAAAAGGAGCAUGUGAUCUGGGUUUCUUUUCUUGAUACCCUGAUUGAGCGAGGCCUUGACAUCAACAGUCGAGGGAGAAGCGGGCAACCGGUACUAUUUCACUGGAAAGUUUUAAUUGGGUUUAUAUACAAAAACCAGAACUCGUUCUUAAAAGUUUUGCUUCAGAGAGGAGCCGAUCCGUGGGCUUUGGACAUCGAAGGACAUUCAUUCCUUACCAAGGUUCUGCGUGAGUCAGGUACGUUUGUCUUAAAAGCAUUUAUCUCCCUUAUACAGUUGGGAGUUAUUCCUCAGGAAAAAUAUCUUAAGAAUGUAGCAGCAUCCGUCUCACCGACGAGAACUGCGGUUCAGAAGAAGGACUGGUCUGUUCUGAAGAUCUUGACUAAAUGUGGUGCCAGCACCAACUCGGAGCUUUUCUCCCUUCACACAGAGUAUCAGCUAAAAAGAGCUCAAGAUGCUGAGAGAGAAAGAUCCAUGCCUGAUCAAGUUGGUCUGAUUCUAGAGCAGGCAGCAACUCAUCCAAGUUCUUUAGAAUCCCUCUGUCGCCUCGCUGUUUCUCGCUGCCUUCCGUGUGGUUUGGGUAGAAAUGACUCGGUCAGGUCCCUGUGCUUGCCAUCAGUAUUACAAGACUACCUAUUGUUCAUCGACGUGCUCUCUGAUCCCGAGCUCUCGUCGAUUGUCAUUAAAAACAACUCUGACGACAGCUCUGAUGCUGACGAUCUUGAUGAUGACUCCGACGAGGCGUACUUAUCAGACUAAAAUGUAUCAUAUCUUAUUUUAAUACUAUUUUUAAAGUUUGUUUGGCUGCAUGGCAAGACCAGCACUAACCCCAAUACCCGAAUAAAUGUUGACAGAGGCCUUACUGGCUAGAGGGUGACAGUCUUCCCUCAUUUUUGUCUUUGUCGUUUAUCUGCUUAAGGUUUUGUGUCUACUACUGAUCUAUGACUUCAAAUGUUCCUGGUAAAUUUCUUUGUCUGUGAAUCUUUUCUUUAUUCUGAAUCAUUUUCUUUCUAUUCUGCCGUCUGUGACAGUUUGCUAAGAUUUCCUGAUCCAUUUGUCAGCAGUUUACGUUCUUGGAUUCCGUUUUGUCGAUUAUUUCGGAGGUGACUAUAUUUUUUUUUAUGCGAUAUGUUUUUGUAAUGACUUCUUGUACGCAUGCACGAACAGCCACAUAUACAUAUAAGUGGUUGCCAAGAGGAUGAACUUUGACCUAGCGAAGAGCACGCAAAAAAUUAAUAUAAAUGUCUGUGGGUAUAAAAAGAAAUUAUGCCUUUCUCUUGUGCUUGGUGAAGGAGAGAUUGAAGGAAGAGUAUUGGUUACAUUAAAGAUUAAUUGUUUACUUUUCUCGAUGAUUUGUUUUAACUUUGCACAUUAAAGCACAUGAAAAAUGUAAA